CGCCAGUCGGCUCAGAGUCCCUGGCAGCCAGCAGCAACUGGAAACCGAGAAGGAAGAGUGUGUGGAGGGAGGCUGGAGGCUGGUGGGCCAUGCAGAGUAUUCCUGAAGUAGCAUGACUCUGGACCCUUGAGCAUCACAGGCUCCUGCAUCAUUGAUUCUUAACUGGACCCACAGGAACCGAAGGAGAUCAGUUUCCACCCAGAGGAGCACAAAGAAGCUGGACCUAUGGCUGGAAAGCCCCCCAAGAAGUCCUCCAUCCCAGGAGUGAGCAUCAGGCAGCUGGUGGACGAGAUCCCAGAAGGCUGCAGCACACCAGACUUCAAGCAGAAGCCUGUCACCUUGGCUCUACCAGAGGGAAAAAAUGCCAUCUUUCGUGCGGUGGUCUGUGGGGAGCCCAGACCCGAUGUGCACUGGCAGAGCACCAAAGGAGACCUCAGCAACUCCAGCAAGUACCAGAUUUCCUCUGCUCCUGGUAGAGAGGAGCAUGUGCUACAGAUCAACAAGCUGACUGGAGAGGAUUCGGAUCUGUACCGCUGCACUGCCCUGAAUGCCUAUGGAGAAGCCACGUGCUCAGUGAGGCUUACUGUCAUCGAAGUGGGUUUUCGGAAGAACCGAAAAAGGCAAAAGGAACCUCAGGAGGACCUCAGGAAGGAGCUGAUGGACUGCCGGAAGAUGCUGAAAAAGAGGGCCCCACCUCCAACCCCCGAUAAGAAGACGGAGUCUGAGCAGGUGUGGCAGCUGUUGAUGACUGCAGACCGUAAGGACUAUGAGAAGAUCUGUAUGCAGUAUGGCAUCGUCGACUUCCGGGGCAUGCUGCGCAAGUUGCAGGAGAUGAAGAAGAAACAGGAGGACAGGAUGGCCCAGUAUGUCAAUGCCAUUGCCAACUUGAGGCACAUCAAGGUCACCAAGGAAGGGGUCGCUACGUUUAACCUGGAGCUGGAUCUCAAGGAACUCGAGAGCAAGAUUUACCUGUACAAGGAUGGUGAGAUGAUCCCCUACGGUGUUGAUAACCAGACCAAGCACUGUCUGAGACGGCUGGGGAAACGCUACCACUUCCAGAUCCAGGACCUGCGGCCGGAGGAUGCUGGCCUUUACCAGGUUAUGGUGGAGGAUGCUGUGGUCUUCUCCACAGAGCUAGAGCCCAGCGCCAUUCCCCCUAGAGUGGUGGUCCCAUUGGCAGAGGCCCGCUGUGAGGAACGGGGUGAUGCAGUCUUUGAAUGUACCCUCUCCAACCCUUGUCCCAAUGCUACCUGGCAUUUCCAGCACCGACCACUGAGGCUCAGUGACAAAUAUGAAGUAUUUGUGUCUCCUGAUGGGCUAACCCACCGGCUGGUUGUGAAGGGGGCCAGUUGCUCAGAUAUGGGCCUCUACUCGCUGAACACUGGGCUCCAUGCCUCCAGUGCCUGGCUGGUGGUCGAAGGUGGGAAGGAUAAAGGCCCUCAGACCACAGAUACUGACUACCGGCUGCAGACUCCAGAAGCUCUGGCCUCCGAAGCAGAAGACUCUGGAGGCAUCAGCAUCAAGGGAGGGCAAUCCAGAGAGCAGGGUUCCCUCAAGGAGACUAGUGGGGCACAGCUCACAGCAGGCUCAGGCAGGGGUGCCUUUGGCAAACAUGGCUGUUCCUUGGUGAUGGAUGAAGACAUAGCUAAUUCCACUUGGGGAUCUGGGCAGGACAAAAAGGGCUUUCUGGAAGCAGAGCAAGGCAAGGUCACUCUUUCAGGGGACAGUCAGCCACACAGAGAGGGGGACUGGAGUGAAAACCUUCCCAGAAGGCUGCAUCCCCAGGGAGGGGACACAGAAUCAGAUUUGGGCUUCUUGGAGAGAGAUCGAGGGCAUGGCAGAGACAAUGAGAACAGCAGAUGGGAGACAGCAGGAGGAUGGAGGGGUAGCUCCAGCCACCCUCAGGACGGAAGGCUUGAGAGCUGGGGAGAAGGAAAACAACACAGAGAGGGCCAUGGCAGUGAACUGGACAGACAUGGCCAGGGACAACUCCGUGACCCCCAGCUGGGAGCUGGGGCAGGGCAAAGGGUGCUGUGGGGGUCCCAGUCAGAUGCUCAGGGGUUUCAGCUAAAAAAGGAGAGGACAGAAAUGCAAGGUGAUUGUCUGGACACAAUGGAAGGAAGGGGUGACCCGAGAAGGGAGACGGGAGCAGCAAUGAGAUGGAAUAACGGAGCCCGCCUCGAGGAAGCUCGAGGAAGCAACAGGGCAGGAAGUCCUUGUGGCCCAGAGUUUCCUAGAGGAGGAGCUCACAGCUCCAAGGCAGGCAUGGGCCCUGAGUACUGGGGUGGUCAGGCAAGUGAAGAUGCCGGCCAUGGAGAAGUUGGGGUGUCCUGGGUAGCAGGGCAAUAUCCAGGACAGACAUCUGCUGGCAAUGACACCCAGAAAUCAUCACAGUCUGGAGACAGGAAGCUUCUGGGGUGUAUGAGUCCUGAGGCCAAAGCUGAGGGCUCUUUCCAGGGUGCAGGUGGUCAUGGUGUUGUAGGGAGGGGCUACAAAACUGGCCCUGAAGGACCAGAAGAUCUCAGAAAUUGGAAAGGUGACCUACAAGAGCUCCAGGGAAGGAAUGGUCAAGGCUCAGCUGGAGCCUUGGGCAGGACAGAGGAAAGUUCCAGAGGCCUCCAGUUUCCUCAGGGCUGGACAGUGGGACAGAGGGAAGUAGGGACACCAAGUAGUACAGAGUAUGAAAACAUGGGUCCUCAGGAUGAUUCAUGGUCCAGUCUUAGAAAGAUAGGGGGCUACUGUGGGUCUGGAGUGCUGGUGUCUGGUGGGAAGGAAGGGAGCAUGGACGGCUCCCAAGUAGCUGCCCAGAUGAUGCCUAGUCAGAGGAUAGAUGCCAGAAACCACAGGCUACUUACAUCCAAAGGCCUGGGUGUCCAGGACUCUGGGGGAACACUGGGACACAUGGAAGGAUUAAGAGACCCAGGGGCAGUCAGGUCCAAGGAAGACUUCUGGAAUGGGUCAGGGAGGUCCCGAGAAAAAGGGUCCAGCGGUGGGAUGGGCUGUAAGGAUGGCUUCCGAGGUCCAGGGUGGGCAGAGUCUGGGAACGAGGAGGGCUGGGAGUAUUCCGAAGGGAUGGCUUCUAGGAAUGGAGCUACAUAUCAGGAUGGCUCCGGGAUGCUAGAAGGGACAGGAUCUGGCCUUGAUAUUGGUUGCAGAACCACCUGUGGGGCACCUGCAGAGACAGAGUCUGGGAAGUGGGAUACUUACAGUCAUGGUUCGGGGGUGCCUGGGGGAUUGUGGUCUGGAAGCAAAGGUCAGUAUGGUCCUGCAGGAAAGGUGCCUGGAAGAGAGGCCAGCCUCAGAAAUGGCGAGGGAGGCCUUCGAGGAAUGCCCAUUAGUGAAGCUCAGCGUAGGGAUGUAUUUCAAGGCCAUGGUCAAACAGGCCACGGUGGGAAGCACCACUGUGUACGUGGCUUAGGGAAUUCUGAGGCAGUGGGAUCUGUGGGUGGAGAUGGUAUAAAAGACUCUGGAGCCAUGGGAAAUGUUGGAGAGGGAUAUAUGGAAGCAGAACCAGGGGACACUGGAGGAUUAAGUUCUUGGGGUCACACUGAAGAUUAUGAGAACUUCAGAGUCCCGGGGGACUUUAGAGAAGGAGACUUUGGCAAUAGCACUGGGGUUCCGUUAUCCAUGGAACCAGGGUCUCUGGGGAGAAGGAACAAGGAAGGUGAUGGUGAACAGAUCAGAUUACUUGGUGGCAGGACCUCUGCAGUUGGAACUGGGAAUUGGGACAAAGCCAGGCACCCCGAGGCGCCAUCUCCCUAUGCUGAGGCUGGUUCAGAGGGCCACUGGGCUCAAGUGUCUGGCAAUGCAUUAGGUUAUAGAGAUGAUUCAGGAAUUCCAGAGCCUUGGGGAGCUGAUGAUAGAACAACUUAUGGAGAAGAAUCAAAGGGUCUUGGGCCUGAAAGAACAGGGCCAGAUGGUGAGGUAGUAUUUAGAGAUGGCUCAUCAGGCCUCAGAGGAAUGGGACCAGCAAGUGAGGCAAGUUGUAAAAAUGGAACUUGGGGCUCUGGGGCCGUGGGUUCGGGGUGUAAACCAGACUAUAGGAAUGAUCUUGGGUGUUCUGGAAUUAUGGGGUCAGAGAAUGAGGCAAGUUAUAAGAGCAACACUGAGAGCCACAGGGCUGGGAAAUUAGGGGGUCCGACAGGUUGUAAGAAUGGUUUUGGAGCUUCUGAACUUAUUUCAUUAAGGGAUGGGGCAGGUGGCUUACAUCAUUCUGGAGACAUUUUGCCAUGGAAUGAGUCGGGUUUAAAGGAUGGCUUGGGGGAAAUAGGAAGAAUGGAAUCCAAGAAUGGGGCUGGUUUCAGGGGAAGCUCAGUGGGGCCCAGGGAAAUGGGAUCAGAAAGUAAAAGGCACCUUGCAGAUGGUUCAGGGAGGUUAGGAGGACCAGGGUCACUGGCUGUACCCAAAGAACAUGAAUCCAUGGGUCUUGGGUCAGUUUAUCAGGGAGCAGCACAGGGUGGUGGAGAGAAAGGCAGAGGGGUGGGGUUUGCAGAUCCAACAGGGCCAGAGGUGGGCUCUGGGGUGACUGGAAUGCUGGAUACUACAGGUGGCGUAGGACACAGGGACAGUGCUAUGGGCCCCGUUAAGCUGGGGACACCAGAAAGGCCAUAUAUCUUUCCAGGUGGGCAGGGUACCAAGAACAGUGUCAGGGACUGUGGAUCCUCUGGAAUCCAUGAAGCCUGGGGGGCUGUUGGUUCUGUGGGGAAACCAGGUAUCAGAGAAUGGAAAGAUGAUUCUGGGUGCCAAGGGUCUCUUAGAGGGACUUCCAGUGGGGAGGGCAGAUCUGUAGACCAAACAGGAGCUAUAGGGACAUCUAGGCUUCUUGAUAGUAGGGAGACAGUGGAAGAUGGGAGUAGGUCAGGGGUAGCUGCUCUGGAGUCAGGAAACGAUUUUGACUUUAAUAAAUCAGACUUGGGAGCGGCAGGAAGAUGUAGAGUUGCUGGCCAGCAGGGAGUGACACCUCAGGGAUGUGGAGGCUCAUUGCCAAAUGACAGGAGGAGAGGAACAAGUUCUGGAAGCUUGCCAGGGGUAGGGGAGGCAAUAGACAGAAGUUCUACACCUGGGGAAGAGACCAAGGUAAUGUCAGGAUCUGACAGUGGGCAAGACACAAGCCACAUUGUGGCUCCAGGCUGGGAAGACCGAGUUCAAGGCGGCAUCAGGACUUCUAGCACACUGCAGGAGAAUGGCGCCAUUUUCAGGCAAAGCCAUGAGGGACAAGGAGCCUUCAAGGGCAAGGGAUGUGAAGCUGGCCAAGAGGCUGCUGGCGAAUGUCAAAGACCAAGUGCCUUGGAGAGCAGAGGCUCAGAGUUUAUAUGUGGCAGAGCUGGUUUCACAAAGAGCUCAAGUGUCCCAGGCAGAAGGGAUGCCACUGUCUAUGGAGAUGGUGUCACUUCCAAACCUCAGGAACCCCAAAAUGAAUUAUAUAGUCCAUCAGGCAGAAGGGACUUCAAAAGAGUUUCAGGAGGAAUCCAGGAGCCAGAUCUUCAACUAGGAACAGGACAGGGAGAAGGAAAAGCAUCCCUCCAGGAGUCAGGGUCUUGGAAGGCCGAGACUGACAAGAUCCAAGGAUCCAGGACCUCAAUGAAGUCUGAAAGUCAGGAAGGGAAAGACUCUGGCUGGUCAGGCAGGAAGCCUGGCCUCUGUGGAAGUGGGCACCAGGUGCAGGCUGGGACUGAAGUUGGAUCAGCAAAGAGAGGGAGCGCAGAGGAGGCCAGAGGUCUGGGGACUUGGACUGGCAAUGAGGAGAGAGGGUCUCUGAGAGAACCUUGGAGUGAAGACAGGAGGCGAGGCCCCCACAGGCAUCUUGGCAGCAGGAGAGAUACCCAAGAGGGCAGGUCAGAUGUCUAUGGCCAGGCACAAGAUGCUACCCAGAGCCCCAGAUCCAGAUACAAGCCUGGCCCUGGCUGCUCUUCUUCGGAGGCCCGAGGCUCCAUGGACCACUUCUCUCAGGGUCUGACUGAUACAGAGGUACAACUGGGGGAAGCUGCCAUACUCUCCUGUACCCUUUCCAGUGACCUGGGACCUGGCACCUGGUUCAAGGAUGGCGUCAAGCUCACUGCCCAAGAUGGGGUCAUCUUUGAGCAAGAUGGGCUCACACACAGACUGAUCCUCACCCACGUGGAGGGGACCCAAGCUGGGAGAUACACUUUUGUAGCCGGCCGCCAGCACAGUGAGGCCAGUCUGACCGUUCAGGAUCCCCCCACCAUUGCUCCAGAUGUGACCGAGAAACUGAGAGAGCCACUGGUGUUCAAGGCUGGGAAGCCGGUCACUGUGAAAAUACCUUUCCAGAGCCGCCUCCCUGUCCAGGCUGCCUGGAGGAAAGAUGGGAAGGAAGUGGCGGGCAGCAACCACAAGGGCAUCCAACUUGCUCUGGGAGAUGGCUACACCCGGCUGUGCCUCCCCAGUGUGUGCAGGAAGGACAGUGGCCGGUACAGCGUGAGGCUGAAGAGUGAGGGAGGCUGUGUGGAGGCUGAGUUCACCCUGCAAGUUAUAGAUAAGCCUCGGCCCCCACAAGGACCCCUGGAGGUUCAGGCUUGCCACAGAGCAGGUGUCUGCCUCCGCUGGUUACCCCCGAGGGACGAUGGGGGACAGGUCAUACAACACUAUGUGGUGGAGAGGCGACAGGCUGGAAGGAGCACUUGGCUGAAGGUGGGAGAGCCCCCACCAGACAGUACCAGCUUCACGGAUGUCAUCGUGGAGCAGGGCAGGAAGUAUGCCUUCCGUGUUCGGGCCGUGACCUCAGAGGGAGCCGGGGAUGCCCUGGAGUCUGAGGAGGUGCUGAUAGCUCCUGAGGCUCUCCCGGGGCCCCCUUCUGCUCCAGCAAUCCUGUCAGCCUCCAGCCAGAGCAUCACUCUCACGUGGGGAGCACCACAGGGCCCUGGCAGUACCCACAUCUUGGGCUACCUGGUUGAGAAGCGCAAGAAGGGGAGCAGCACCUGGAUGGCUGUGAAUGAGCAGCCCGUGUCUGAAAGGAGGUACACUGUGGUGGAUCUGCGACAGGGUUGCCAGUAUGAGUUCAGGGUCAUGGCUGUGACUCUGUCGGGCCCUGGAGAGCCUGGGCCUCCAUCCGAUGCUGUCUUUGCCAGAGAUCCCAUGAGACCUCCAGGGCCUGUGCGGGAUCUCCAGGUUACAGACACAUCAGACACUAGCAUCACCGUGAGCUGGAUGGUGCCAGAUGCCCAGGAUGCUGAUGAAGCUCAGGGAUACAUUGUCGAGCUGUGUGGUUCAGACAGCCAUCAGUGGAGCCCAUGCCACAUGGGCACUGUGCCAGGCACCAUCUUCACAGCCAAGGGGCUUCGGCCACAAGAAGGCUACUUUGUACGAGUGACAGCGGUGAAUGAUGGGGGCCGGAGUCCGGCCAUGUCCCUGGACACAUUGGUUCAUGCCAUGCCUGCCACUGUCUGUCCCAGGUUCCUCAUGGAUUCCAGCACAAAGGAUACACUGAUGGUCAGGGUUGGGGACAGCAUUCGAGUUCCUGUCCCGUUCGAAGCUGCCCCCAUGCCUGAGGUGACCUGGUUGAAGGACGGUUUGCCUUUGCCCAAAAGAAGUGUGACCACUGUGAAGGAUGGCCUCACCCAGCUUCUGAUUCCUGUAGCUAGCCUCUCAGACUGUGGCCGAUACACGGUGAGGCUGAGGAACCUACACGGAAAGGAAGCCACCUACAGCUUCUUCAUCAGUGUGGCAGCAUGCCCACAGGCACCGGGUUCCAUCUAUCUUCAGGAGAAUGUGCCUGGGACAGUGACGGUCCAAUGGGAACCCUCUCCGGAUGAGGCUCAGGGCACCCCCUUGCAUUAUACAGUGUUGAUGCGGUCCUCAUCUCACGGAUCCUGGCAUGAGGUGGCCGACUAUGUCCGCACCAACCGCUUUACCCUCCUAGGGGUCCUCCCUGGCCAUGAGUAUCACUUCCGGGUGCUGGCCAAGAAUGAGUUGGGGGCCAGCAAACCUUCAGACACCAGCCAACCCUGGUGUAUCCCCAAGCAGAGAGACAGGUUCUCAGUGAAGUCUCCAACCUACCGGGAACCUGACCUGAGCCAGAAACCCCGCUUCCUGGUGGGUCUGCGGGCUCACCUUCUGCCCCAGGGCUGCGAGUGCCGCAUGACCUGCGCAGUGCAGGGCUCACCCCAGCCCCAAGUCACCUGGUUCAAGAACGACCAAAGCUUGGACAGCAACCCUGCGAUGUACAGCACCGACUUGCUGGGUGUGUGCUCCCUCAUCAUCCCCAGCGUGUCCCCUAAGGACAGUGGCGAAUACAAGGCCGUGGCCAAAAACCCACUCGGACAAGCCAUCAGCACAGCCACCCUCAUCGUCACAGAAUACAACUCCUAGUCCACUGGAUCUGCAAUGCUAGCCUUGCCCCACCCUUCAGCUAUGAGAUGGAUUGCAGACCUCUGAAGCUUUGCUCCUGAUACCCACACUGACCUGGGGAGCAGUCCAGCAUGACAGGAAAUGUUCCAGGGUGAGACAGGAACAAGGGGGCUUCUGGUGAGAGUGACCAGAAGGGCUGAAGUCCUUGGAGAAGAAAUAGAAGAAGAGCGGAGGAUGUAGCCUGGAGCUGAAUGAAGGCUUGGAGUGACCCUGUUCCUGUUCUUUGUUCUGCACCUCUGGAGGAGCUCCAGAGAGAGUGGUCCACAGGGUGGAAACUGAGCCCACAGUGACCCCAGGAAUGGAAAGUCAUAGAGCAGAGGGCCUGGGUGAGGGCACCAAGGGGAGGCACUGUCUGUAUUUCAUUAAAAUGACAAGCAACUGAAGGUGAA